CGCCAUUCUGCUCGUCGGACAUCAAUGCUGGAGGACCGGAGGGGGAGGCUUGCCAGUUCUGCCUCUGCUUUUGGUUUCUGCAGUCUGACAGAGCCGCCGCUACCAUGGUCGUCGCCGUCGCCGUUCAGGUGAACCUGAACCAAGCCGUCGUCCUUGCUGCUGGAGCUGUUGCCGUCGCAGGAACUGGACCGUUUCUGCCCCUAUCCUGAGAAAAUGACAGCAAGAAACCAAACAAAAGACCUUAAGUGUGCCACACAUCUCCUGAGUGAUAAGUUUAGAAACAUAACUGAGGAGAAGAAGGCGAUUGUGAGGGAUCUCGGAUUUGGCGGCUUGAUGCACAUCCCACCACUAAGGGUGGAUCACCAACUCUUAAGGGAGCUGGCAAACAACUUCAAACUUGGGGAGAACAAACUGAAGACAGGAUAUGGUUCUUUCCAAAUAACCUCAAAAAAAUAGGUCAUGCGCUUGGCAUCAAUGCAACAGGAGAUCUAUUUCCUGAGAAAGUUGAGUAUAAGAAACUUUCUGAUGAUGACAAAAUAAUUUAUAGAAGAUUCCAGGGUAAGACCCUCAAAAGUCUUACCGAUGAAAUGAUGGAAAUCGGCGUUGGCAACGAAGAGGAACGCCUGAUGUUCAAGAGGAUAUUCAUCCUCUACAUACAGAUGGCGUUCCUUUUGCCAACGACGAUAAACAAAAUAUCGCCCGUGCACCUGGCUCCAAUUUUUAAGAUGGACGGCAUAUCGGAAAGAAACUGGGGGGCAUGUUUUGACCUUCAUGGUAAAGGGCAUCACAAACUACCAGGAGAAGAAGAAGAAGGCAAUUAAUGGCUGUCUCUUCGCCCUGAUGAUAAUCUACUUUCAUCUUUCAAAAAACAAAGGCAAGAAUAGGGCUGAAAGACCACCAAAGCCCUGGAUUGCCAACUGGACUAAGGAGCAGUUGGUGGAAAGAAUGACUGCAGAAAGAGAAGAAAUUUUGGUAAGUAAUCAUAAUAAGUUGGUGUAUUUUAUUUACCUGAAUGCUGUUAAUUAAAAUAUCUCAUGUUUCAGGGGAUUGUGAAGAUGGCAGAGACAAGACAAAAAAAGAAAAAAAAAGAAAAAAAACAAGAAAUAAAAAAAACAAAAAAAGGAAGGCAAGUCCAACAUCGUCUUCGGAGACAGAAACUACUGACAGUGACUCUUCUACCUCUGAGUCUGAGGCUCAAGAAGACUCAGAGAAUUCGGGAAGAAAGCACCCCGGCAAAAAGGGGAAAAAGAGCGAAGAAUCAUCACCUGCGGAGAAGGAGAAGAAAAAGAAAAAAACAAAAACAACUCCAAAAAAAACACAACAAAAAAAGAAAAAAGUUGUUGUGGAGGAUUCACCUCCUGAAGAAGAUCAAUACUUUGACGGUGAGAGAUAUGAAAUAUCAAGUGACGAACUCGAUGAAUGGCUAAGGGAAAACGUUGAUAAAUCUGCUGCAGAGGGGGAGAACCAAGCUGACCUGCGAUCGACAGAAGGUCGCUAUGUGUCCUCUGAAACACUACCGGCUGUGAACUUGGGAAGUGAUGAUCCUUCCUCUCAAGGACGCACAGAACAGAGUAGUGUAAACCAGCCGUCACAGAGCAUGUAAUUUCUCUUUCAAAUAACCGUUACUUUUGUUCUUCUAAUACCUUCUAUUUCUAAUUCUGUAUAUAUUUUUUUUAGAAAAAAAAGCCCUUUAUUAUUUUAUUCAAGAAAAAAA